AAGAAAUCUAUAUUGGGUUGCAGCAAAACCAAAUAAAGCCCAAUUCUCGUCACCGUCCGAUCUCGCCACCGUCGGCCGCUUCCUGAACCUGAGAUCUCCCUCCGAAUCCGUCCCGCCGUAGCUUCAUUUUGUCACCGGAGAAUCUCAACACCAACCUUCAUUGCAACAGAUAAGAUCGAAGAAGAUGUCCUCAUCUGUCUAUCAAAGGCCACUCUACUCUUCCGCAUCGGAGCCAUCCGAGUUGUCCCCUCGAUCCCGCCAAAAUUACCGAAAACCCACUUCCGCCCUUGGUCGUGGCCCGGCCUUGUUGCUCCUCCUCUUCGCUCUCUUAAUUAUCGCCGGAUUCCUUUUUCCUUCCACGCGGUCCGGCUCUCUUCUUUCGCUCAGUUCCUGGAGCUCCAAAUCCAAGUGGAGUACCUACACGCUUCCCGAUGCGGCAGCUUACGUCGCCAGGAACAGGACGCUGAUAGUGUGCGCGGUCAGUGAGGCGUAUUUGCCCUUUCUGAACAAUUGGCUUAUUAGCGUCGCGCGGCAAAAGCAUCAUGAUAAAGUUUUGGUCAUUGCUGAGGAUUACGCCACACUUGAUAAAGUAAAUGAGCGGUGGCCUGGGCACGCUGUUUUGAUUCCUCCUGCAUUGGAAGCGGCCGCAGCCCAUAAGUUUGGAUCUCAGGGCUUCUUCAAUUUUACAGCCAGAAGGCCACGCCAUCUCCUGCAAAUUUUGGAGCUUGGAUAUAAUGUUAUGUACAAUGAUGUUGAUAUGGUUUGGUUGGCAGAUCCCUUUCCUUAUCUUGUAGGCGAGCAUGAUGUGUACUUCACUGAUGACAUGGCUUAUGUGAAACCCCUUAAUCAUUCUCCUGCUUUGCCGCCUCCAGGGAAAAAGGGCCGUACUUACAUCUGUAGCUGCAUGAUAUAUAUGCGCCCAACACCAGGAUCAAAAUUACUAAUGAAGAAGUGGAUUGAAGAACUACAAUCACAACCUUGGUCUAGAGCCAAAAAAGCCAAUGACCAGCCUGGCUUUAAUUGGGCAUUGAAUAAAACUGCUGGGCAGGUAGACGUGUACCUCCUGCCUCAGAAAGCUUUCCCCACAGGGGGGUUAUACUUCAAGAACAAAACAUGGGCAAAGGAAACCAAAGGAAUGCACGUUAUCAUCCACAAUAACUACAUAAUUGGUUUUGAGAAAAAGAUUAAGCGGUUUCGGGACUAUGGCCUCUGGUUGGUGGAUGAUCAUGCCUCAGAAUCCCCUCUUGGCGCAUUGUGACAAGUUGUCGAAAUACAAAAGAUCUUCCUCCAUAAAACGAUGCCCAGUUUCAGACACUCUUUGGUCUUGACAUGUGCCUAGGCAUCUCUGGAAUUGUUCGGAGGCUGGAAACCAAUACAGGCAACAAUCUAUAAAACGUGUGACUUGGACAAAUGCAGAGGCAAAAUCUCACUGCAUAUCGAAUUUUUGGUAAGCUCCGACCUUCCCCGGAUUCAUGAGUGUAGCUGUAAUCUUGUUAAUUUUAUCAUCAAGAUCUGGUGUUGCACACUCAGUAUGAUUGAUUCCAUCAGUUCCCACUCAAAAUGUAAGAGUUCAUUAAUUCUUCGUUAUUUAUCACUUCAUCCUCAGUUCUUUAAAAAAUGGGAUUUUUUAUUUUGUUUUAUCAUCACAUUUAUUUUCUAGGUUGGUUCUGGACAACCUUUUUUCCUGUGCACCUAUUUAU